CCCAUUUCGAUCACGAGUUUGGAGCGCGGUGUUCCGGGCUCGAGAGCCCCGCACGGGUUUUGCAGGACCGCGUUCUCGGGCGGGGGCGAUGGGGGCCGGAGCGGCGCCGCUGGAGGGUUACUACUUCUCAGCUGCCCUGAGCUGCACCUUUCUAGUGUCCUGCCUCCUCUUCUCCGCCUUCAGCCGGGCGCUGCGGGAGCCCUACAUGGACGAGAUCUUCCACCUGCCGCAGGCGCAGCGCUACUGUGAGGGCCACUUCUCCCUGUCGCAGUGGGACCCCAUGAUUACUACAUUGCCUGGCCUAUACCUGCUGUCAGUUGGAGUGGUCAAACCUGCCCGUUGGAUCUUUGGAUGGUCUGAACAUGUUGUGUGCUCCAUUGGAAUGCUCAGAUUUGUGAAUCUUCUCUUCAGUGUUGGGAACUUCUAUUUACUGUAUUUGCUUUUUCGCAAGGUACAACCCAGACACAAGGCUGGCUCAAGUGUCCAGAGAAUCUUGUCAACAUUAACCCUGGCAGUAUUUCCUACACUCUAUUUUUUUAACUUCCUUUACUAUACAGAAGCAGGCUCCAUGUUUUUUACUCUUUUUGCCUAUUUGAUGUGUCUUUAUGGAAAUCAUAAAACGUCGGCCUUGCUUGGAUUUUGCGGCUUCAUGUUUCGUCAGACGAAUAUAGUCUGGGCUGUGUUCUGCGCAGGAAACGUCGUCGCACAAAAGUUAACUGAAGCCUGGAAGACUGAGCUGCAGAAGAAGAGGGAGGAGAGGCUUCCCCCUAUUAAAGGACCGUUUUCAGAAUUCAGGAAGAUUCUUCAGUUUCUCUUGGUCUACUCCAUGUCCUUUAAGAACCUGAGCAUGCUUUUCCUCCUGACUUGGCCGUACAUCCUCCUGCUGCUCCUGUUCUGUGUUUUCGUGGCGGUUAACGGCGGCAUCGUCGUCGGCGAUCGGAGCAGCCAUGAAGUCUGCCUGCAUUUCCCCCAGCUGUUCUACUUUUUCUCUUUCACCCUCUUCUUUUCCUUUCCUCACCUGUUGUCUCCCAGCAAAAUGAAAGCUUUUCUUUGCUUAGUUUGGAAGCGUAAAAUUCAGUUUCUUGUGCUUACUCUGGUCUCUGUAGUCUUAGUUUGGAAAUUCACUUACGUUCACAAAUACUUGUUAGCAGAUAAUAGACACUAUACGUUCUACGUAUGGAAAAGAGUUUUUCAAAGAUGUGAAAUUGUGAAGUAUUUGUUAGUCCCAGUCUAUCUAUUUGCUGGCUGGAGUAUAACCGACUCGCUGAAAUCAAAGUCAGUUUUCUGGAACUUAAUGUUUUUCAUGUGCUUACUCACUGUUGUAGUACCUCAGAAACUGCUAGAAUUCCGUUACUUUAUUUUACCGUAUGUCAUUUAUAGGCUGAACAUACCUCUGCCCCCCAUUUCCAGACUUGUUUGUGAAUUGGGUUGCUAUACAGUUGUUAAUUUCCUAACUUUUUAUAUCUUUCUGAACAAGACUUUUCAGUGGCCAAAUAGUCAGGACACUCAGAGGUUUAUGUGGUAAUGUCACAGAGAUCUUGAACUCUAACAGUAGAUUCAGUAUUUCCACAUGAGCAACUGAACAGAUAGAAGUUAUGGACUUUCUUUUAGGCACAGUGGUGGUUCUCAGAUCACAUCAGAUUUUUUUAUUUUUAAAAAAAACCCUGAUAUAUGUGUUUUAAACAUAUAUAAGAAAUCCAAGGGAGUUAAGUGGUAAAGAACUUAGAAAAGUUUAAGACUUACUCCAUAAGCCUGAGUAAUAAUGGGAAAAUAAAAUUGUUUACAGUUAUCUCAUAGUAUCACUUUUAUACUGCUGGUCACUCAAAAAGCUUGGAAACUUUUUUAUAGAUACGAGUUUAAGAAAAUUGAGCAUGUGUAAUAAUACUGGAAUUUAUGUAUUAAUUCUCUUCAGAAAGCAAUAGCAGACAGAAUAUUUGAAAAAUAUUGACAAAUGAUCAGGUAAUGUUCUUAAUUGAAACCUUGCUUAACAUUUCAGUAAAUAUAAUUUUAAUCAUAAGGCAAAAUAGACUCACAUCCAUAGUAAAUACUAGAAAUUCAAGGCUUAUCUAUGUCUAUCUAGGAUUUAAGUUAUUGUUAUUUGUUAAAAAUCUACAAAUGGGGAAGCUCUUCAUUAAUUCCUAAUAUGAAGUAUGUGAUGGCCACAGAUAAUUAUGUUGAUGAUAAUACCUUUAAAAAGGGAUUUUCUUUUUUGAAAUAUUUACUGUGUUAGUUUUUUUUGACUUCCAUAACAAAUUACCCCAAACUCAGUGGCUUAAAAAAAUUUCUUUCACAGUUCCAGGCCAUAAGUCUCAAGUGUUGGCAGUCCUCAAGUGGCUGGCUCCUUCUGGAGGCUCAGGGAGAAUCGGUUCCCUGCUUCUCUCCUAGCUUAAGGUGGCCGUCUGCAGUCCUUGGUGUUCCUUGUUUAUAGAUGCAGCAUUCCAGUUUCUCUGCCCGCCGUCUUCGCUGUCUUAUAAGGACAAUAUCAUUGGAUUUACUGCCCACCCUAAUCCAGGUUGGUCUCAUGAUGACAUUACUAACUCAGUUACACCUACAGAGACCCUUUUUCCAAAUAAGGUCAUAUUUACAGGUUCCAAGUAGACAUGUCUUUCUGUGGGACACUUUUCAACCCGCUAAAGUUACCAAAGGAGACUUUAGGACAAACUUCAUAAAAGCAUAGGAAAUAAUUUCUUUGCUGAGGUAGUUUACGUAAAAUUUUACCUUUACUGAGAGGUUGAAAAAACUGACUUUAAGGCCAAAUAUAAAACUAAAGGUAACUGGCAUUUGAUUCCAUUAUAUAAGAAAAGUUGGAAUUGAAAGGAAGUUUAGAAAUCAUUUGAUUUAGUCUUACUUUGUAGAGUAGGGAACAGCUGAUCUAGUCUUAUUUUAUGUGUGGGUUUUUGGAUUCUGUGUCUGCUGUUUUGAGUACAUUCAUUGGUUGUCAUUCCAUUACAGAAAAGUAUUUGGACAUGUUAGCUUUGACAUGUAAACUUAGAACUGUGAAUAGAAUUCGUUUUUAACCUCACUUUAUGUUUGUAAACUUUUUAAAAUAGUUGUGUGAACAAUUUACUUUGUCUUAAAUGUUGACUAAUGUUUUCUCUGUUUUAAAUAAUGAGUAGAAUUGGAAAGUAUUCUGCAUUUGCAAAUAGAAAAUUGUGUACAGGUGAAAAUUACAAGUAUGGUUGAGUAAUACAGAACAAUCUUGUUGUACUCUACUCAGUACUUAGAAAGUAGACCGACUUUUUAGUUAUAAUAGUCAUUGUAGGACAAAUGUGGUUUUUUUGUUUGUUCUGUUUUUUAAAUUUCAUACUCUCCCAGGACCGACUGAGUCAGGAACUCUUGGGUGGAGCCGAGCAGUCUGUUGUUUUUUUAUAAACUUUUUUAUUUAGGACAAAUGUUUUUACCCAAACUUUUUUAUUUAAUUAGA